CUUUCACACUAUCAGUCUAUGAACAUCCUAUCGAUGUGUUGCCGCGAGACGCGUCCCUCGUUCCUGGCUGGCUUGGAAUCAGUGCUGGCCAAGUAAGAACAAGUCAACACGGGCACGCGUUCGGUUAUUCUCCCACGCGCGAGCGGUUCCCCCGUGUUCCCACGCGCACCCGAUGCAACGGGACAGCCAUCGCUAGGAGGUGUCAAACGGAUCUAAUGUUAUCGCUACGUGAGAGGGUCGGCACGUAACGAAGAGCGGGACUUAGGCAUGGGGAAGACCACGAGGGUAGUCGUUUGCGGGAUGAAAGGCGUUGGCAAGACCGCCCUGCUGGAGCAGCUGAUAUACGGAAAUAUCAACGCGAAAACGGAAAUUCAUCCCACAAUCGAGGACAUCUACGUCGCCAACAUUGAGACUGAUCGGGGCACAAAGGAGAAGGUCAGGUUCUACGACACGGCCGGGCUCGAGUCUCUGCAGAGCAAUAUAAACAAUCAGCAGCUUCCACGGCACUAUCUCGGCUUCGCCGACGGCUAUGUCCUGGUGUACGACACCGGCAAACCCGAAUCUCUCGACGUGCUCUUCCCUCUGAAGAAGGACAUCGACAAGAAUAAGGAUAAGAAGGAGAUAACUGUGAUUGUGAUCGGUAGUCGGACAACGAAAACCGACGCCGCGUUGAAUAACUUGGAGAACACUGUGAGCAAGGCGAGCAACUGGUGCACCAGGGAGAAAGUUAAGCAUUACGAGGUGAACAUCUUGGAUAGAGCUACUCUAUUUGAGGCGUUUGUGCAUUUGUCGUCCAAGCUUAAUCCACCCGCUAAUAAAAGUACUUUUCCGCAAUUAAGUAUGGGUAGGAGGACCGUCAAGGCCGAGGCGCAGUGAUGCUUGUUUAGAAAUUUAAUUAACGUUGAUUCAGAUAAUGGCAAUAUGAGUCCCCUGUGAAUUUUGUACUCAGGUAUAAUGUAUUUAACGACUAAACGCUACAAUGAUAAUAUGCUUUGAGAUCUCAACCGUAUAUAUUCUCUCUGUUAACUUUGGAUGUAUGUGAUAUUAGGCUUGAAAUGGGAUAAAUGGAUAUAGUCAUGGAUACCAUAAAUUAUGUACUUAAUAUGUACUUGGUAUAUAUAUUUGCCGUUAAGAUACAAAGAACCUUGCUGGUCCAAAGCCUCAUUUAAUAGGACACUCGUUUAAAUGAAAUUCAAAUACGAAGCUGUCGAAAUCCAAGUUUGUCGACCUUUUAAUUUUUGAGACUGCGUUAUUGUACUGUUAUUUAAAAGACUUGUCCUGGUCAUUUUAAACAUGUUAUAAAAUUUAAUGAAUCUCUUAGGAAUGUAUGUAUGUACUUAAAUCGUCCAACGAUACUGAAACUAUGGUUAAGUUUAAAAGCGCGAAUACUGUUAAAAUAAUGAAAUUUUAAUUCUUAGCAUUACAAUUGUGAUUAUACCAAUAAUAAAUUAUUAUACAAUAAAAAAUAUUAAACAAGUUAAUACUAUCGAUACA